ACCAUUGACCAGUUUGAAUAUGACGGCUGUGACAACUGCGAGUCGUACCUGCAGAUGAAAGGGAACCGAGAGAUGGUUUAUGAAUGCACGAGUUCCUCAUUUGAUGGUGUGAUAGCCAUGAUGAGUCCUGAGGACAGUUGGGUAGCUAAAUGGCAGAGGAUAGGCAACUUCAAGCCAGGUGUUUAUGCAGUGUCAGUGACAGGCAGACUACCUCCAGGUGUGGUGAGAGAGUUGAAGAGCAGAGGAGUAAUCUACAAAUCCAGAGAUACAGCAGUGAAGACAUAAACGUGACUGCUUCCAGUUGUCUGAUCAGAGCGGUAUCACACUGCAGCACCAACGGCAGGAAGAAGGAACACCAGUGGGACUAAAUUUGAUCAUGUCUGUGAUGUCUUAUGAAACUGUCCUCCAGCUGUUGGAGCCCUAGAAGUUUUGUCUUUCGUUGUGAUUAGAAAUUUUUGCAUGAGGGCUUAUUGGUGACAAAAAAAGGGGAUGUUUUCUUUCUGUUUUUUAUUAAUUGCAAAAAUAAAGGUCUGUUUUAUAAGAAA